AUGAUCAUGUUUAUCAUUAGUUGGGUAUUUUGGGACUAUGAAAGGGAUCCCGGGGAAAGUUCUAGCUCCAAUCCCGUGGAAAGGGAUCAGGAGCAAGUUGAGGAAGAUAUCUUGUUGCGUGAUUUGGUCCCACCAAGAGGGGGACAAGCGGGGGGGACUGUUGAUCCACCUUUUCAGAUGAAUAGGGAACAAAUUAGGUUAGCCAUUCAAGAGGCUAUUUUUGAUGCAUAUCGACCGACAGGUGCGUCAUCGUCACAGUUUGUGCCACCACCAACUCCACCACCACCACCACCUCCGAAGACAAAUGAGCUAGAUGAUACUCUUUCUCACAUUACCAGGUUCGUGAAGUUGAUGCCAACCUUGUUUGAGGGUGGUCCAGAUCCGCUUGUUGCGGAUAGUUUCCUGGAUAGGGUGGAGAAGCAUAUUAAUGCCAUGAAUUUGGCAACGGACAAGUUGAAGAUCACAUUGGCGACUUACAAUUUUGUGGGCGAUGCUGAGAUUUGGUGGAAGACCGUUUUUCACACCCAUAAUCUGGAUACUAUGACAUAUGCUACAUUCAAGAAGUUGUAUUAUGAGAAGUACUUUCCAGCGCCUAAGCGGAGGGAACUAAAGAAGAAGUUUGAUGGGUUAAAGCAAGGAAGUAUGACAGUUACAGAGUAUGAAAACAAGUUUACAUCACUUUUGAGGUUUGCACCGGGAAUUGCUAAUGAUGAAGAAGGAAAGAUAGAGAAAUUUGUUGAUGGCCUUGAUCUUACCAUUAGGCCAAUUGUAGCUGCUUCAGAACCAACAGAGUAUGCAAAAGCAGUGCGAAAGGCUUUAGUGGUUGAGGCUGAGAGUAAGGACAACAAGGCUAUCCGGGAGUCCUACAAGCACAACAGGGGUAUGAGUACUUUCUCCGAAGGUCAAUCAAGUAAGAAGCAGAAGCAUGAGCAGUCAGGGUUCAGGGGACAGCAGCCAGUUAGAUCUGCACCUACAGCUUCAGUGUCCAUAGGGUCUUCUAGACCGAAUGUUACUUGUUUCAGAUGGGGGCAGUUGGGACAUUACAAGUCCCAAUGCACUCAGACACAGGUAGCUCGGAUGAUUUGUUUCAAGUGUGGGCAGCCAAGGCAUCACAAGUCCCAGUGUACUCAGAUUCAGGUGGCGUCUGGUGGAUGUUUCGGGUGUGGCCAGCAGGGCCAUAGGGUGAAAGAUUGUCCACAGCGAGGCAGUGGUUUAGGUAGAGGUGGAGGUUCACAGCAGAGGCAGAUGCAGUCUGCCACAGUUCAGUCAGGAUUUCGACCACCACCACCACCUCAGCCAGCUAUGUCAACCCAGAGUUCUCGACCUGGUAGGGGAGCUUCCUCGAGUGCACCUACUCAGCAGUCUGGUUAUCAGGCAGGCAGUUCCCAGGGGCAGAGGACCCAGGGUCGCGUGUUUGCACUCACUCCAGCCGAGUCACCAUCCAGUUCUUCAGUUGUUAGGGGUAUGUUUCUUGUGUCCCAUUCUUGGGCUCGUGUAUUGUUUGAUUCUAGUGCUUCUUAUUCAUUCAUUGCUUCAUCAUUUGCACGGGCAUUGGGUUUAGAGGUCAGUCAGUUAGACAGACCGUUUUGUGUUGACACGCCUAUCGGGGGUUCAGUUGCUCUUAGUAGAGUUUGUAGGAGUUGUUCCAUCACAAUUGCCGGACGUGUUCUUGAGUUCGAUCUCAUCCUUCUCGAGAUGAUGGGAUUUGAUGUCAUUCUUGGGAUGGACUGGUUGUCAUCCUUCAGAGCUGUCAUUGAUUGUUUCAGGGGCAGAGUUUCAGUGUGUACCCCGGAUGGGGAUUGUUUCUGUUUUGUGGGAGAUCGGUGUGAUCCUCUCACUCAUUCAUUUUAUGGUGUUAGGGGUCGAGAUCGGCAGACAUUCUUCUUGGCUAGUCUUUUCGCCGAUGAUGACGUUGAGUUUUAUGGGGUUGAUUAUCCAGCAGUUGUGCGUGAUUUUCUGGAUGUGUUUCCGAAGGACUUGAUUGAGUUGCCUCCACACCGAGAGGUGGAAUUUGCUAUUGAUUUGAUGCCUGGUACCAACAAGUAUCAUUUACCAAGGAUAGAUGAUUUAUUUGAUCAGUUGAGGGGAGCCAGUUGUUUUUCGAAGAUUGACUUGAGGUCAGGCUAUUAUCAGUUACGGGUUAGAGAGGAGGAUAUUCCAAAGACCACGUUUCGUACGCGGUAUGGACAUUACGAGUUUCUUGUUAUGCCUUUUGGUUUAACCAAUGCGCCGGCGGCAUUCAUGGAUUUGAUGAACCGUGUCUUCCACGAUUACUUGAAUCAGUUUGUGGUAAUUUUUGUGGAUGAUAUUCUUGUGUAUUCACGGACUCGGGAAGAGCACGAGGUCCAUUUGGCUCCUAUGACCAGAUUGACCAGGAAAGGGAUCAAGUUUGUAUGGAAUGAGGCCUGUGAGUCAUCCUUUCAAGAGUUGAAAACAAGGUUGACUACGGCUCCGGUGUUGGUGAUACCUGAGCGUGGCUUGGGUUAUGUGAUCUAUUGUGACGCCUCACGUGAUGGUUUGGGUUGUGUACUGAUGGAAGAUGAUAGAGUAGUGGCUUAUGGGUCUCGACAGUUGAAGACUCACGAGCUUAACUACCCUACUCAUGACUUAGAGUUAGCGGCAAGUCUCAAGUACCUUUUCUCCCAAAAGGACUUGAACAACAGACAGAGGCGAUGGGUUGAAUUCUUAGAAGACUAUAACUUUGAAUUGCAGUAUCAUCCUGGCAAGGCAAAUGUGGUAGCUGAUGCUUUAAGCCGGAAAUCUCGUGGGACUUUGGCUAGUUUAGCCAUUCGGAAAUGGAAAAUACUGGAAAAUUUGGCUGAAAUGGGAUUGUAUUGUUUUGAUGAUGAUGAUGAUGGUAGUGAGUCGGCAUUCUUGUUUAGUCUCGUGGCUCAACCCACUCUUGUUAGAUGGGUGAUUGAGUCACAGAGACAGGAUUCAGAUUUGGAUGCCAUUUACACUUUGAUCUCCAGUGGCGAGAUCGUGAAGGAUUGGACCUUACAUGCAGAUGGAGGUCUACGGGCCGAGCACCAGAGACCAGCUGGUUUAUUGCAGCCGUUGCCGGUAGCGCAAUGGAAAUGGGAGGAGAUUGCAAUGGAUUUUGUGACAGGUCUUCCUAGGUCACGGAGGGGAACUGAAGCCGUAUGGGUUAUUAUUGAUAGAUUGACCAAGACGGCUCACUUCUUGCCUAUUAAGGCAACAGAUGACGCAAAGACACUCGGUGUACUUUAUGUGAAAGAGAUUGUGAGAUUGCACGGAGUUCCAGUGGCUAUUGUGUCGGAUAGGGAUGCUAAGUUCACCUCGAAGUUCUGGGAAGGACUUCAAGCAGCGUUUGGCUCAGCGUUGCACUUUAGUACUGCAUUUCAUCCACAGACGGACGGCCAGUCGGAGCGUACCAUCCAGAUCUUAGAGGAUAUGCUUCGAGCCUGUGUACUUGACUUGGGUGGUAGUUGGGAGGAUCACCUUCCACUUAUUGAGUUUGCCUACAACAAUAGUUAUCAGGCGAGUAUUCAGAUGGCUCCAUUUGAGGCGUUGUAUCGUAGACCUUGUAGGUCUCCUGUCUAUUGGACUGAGGUGGGCGAGACAACCGCCUUAGGACCCGACAUUGUAUUCGAGACUACCGAGAAGAUUAAGCUGAUCAGACAGAGAUUGCUUACAGCUCAGAGCCGACAGAAGAGUUAUGCAGAUAGGCGAAGACGACCGCUAUCCUUUGAGGUGGGAGACCAUGUUUUUCUUCGGGUUUCUCCAAGGAAGGGGUUGAUGAGGUUCGGGAAGAGUGGCAAGUUGUCGCCACGAUUUAUUGGACCUUUUGAGAUCUUAGACCGCGUAGGAGAGGUUGCCUACAGACUAGCAUUGCCACCACGGAUGGACAGGGUUCAUAAUGUCUUUCAUGUGUCGAUGUUACGAAAGUAUGAGCCAGAUCCGUCUCAUAUUUUGAAUUGGGUUGAUGUGGACAUUGAUGAGGAUGUUUCUUACGAAGAGGGACCAGUUCAGAUUCUUGACACACAACAGAAGGUGUUGAGGAAAAAGACAAUAUCGUUGGUAAAGGUUCUUUGGAAGCAUCAUGAAGUUGAGGAGGCUACUUGGGAGCUCGAACAGGAGAUUCGCUCCAAGUAUCCAGAGUUGUUUUCUAAGAAGCUUAGCCCCAAGCAAGCUCGAUGGCAGGACUUCCUAGCAGAGUUCACUUAUCAUUUUGAAUACAAGUCGAGCAAGGCCAAUGUUGUGGCGGAUGUGCUUAGUCGCAAGGUCGAGCUCGCAACUAUUAGUCGGCCCCAGCACCCUCUUGUAGAGCGGAUCAAGAAGGGGUUGCAGCAUGACCCUCUAGCCAAAAGCCUUAUUCAGCUGGCUAAGGAAGGGAAGACUCGGCGCUUUUGGCUAAAGGAUGAUUUACUUUUCACUACAGGGGACCGACUAUUUGUGCCCAGGUGGGGCAACUUGCUAAAGGAAUUGAUAAGAGAGUGCCACGACACCAAGUGGGCUGGUCACCCAGGUAUACGGCGCACACUAGCACUCCUUGAAGAUUCAUAUUAUUGGCCUCGGAUGUGCGAUGAUAUGGAGACAUAUGUGAGGACUUGUCUUGUGUGCCAACACGACAAGAUUGAGCAACAGCAUCCUACAGGCCUACUGGAGCCAUUACUUAUUCCAGAGAGACCAUGGGAGAGUGUCUCUAUAGAUUUCAUUACUUGCUUGCCCAAGUCAGAAGGUUGUGGGAGCAUUAUAGUGGUGGUAGAUCGGUUCAGCAAGUAUGCCACCUUCAUACCCGGACCAGUAGACUGCAGAGCAGAGAGGGCAGCAGAGUUAUUUGUUGACCAUGUGGUCAAGCUUUGGGGAGUUCCGCAGAAUAUUGUCAGUGAUAGAGACCCGUGUUUCACGCGUAGAUUUUGGACGGGGCUCUUCAAGAAGAUGGGAACGGAUCUCAACUUCUCUACGAGUUUCCACCCCCAAUCAGAUGGGUAG